AUGGAGUGUCGCUGCUUGCCCAGCCGCUGCUCCGCUGUGUAGCACUGGGGAGUGCUGUGCACUGUGCCCUCCUCCCACCCCAAAGCUGGGGAUCCCUACAGCCCUAUCGCAGCACUGGGUGCCGGCACACAGAUGGUUCCUCCUCGGGCAGAGAUAGGGCUGUGCUUUCGUCACCGUGCCGGCGGGGGGUGGUGAGCGUCGGCUCCUCCCCACCGCAUAAACAACCCGGUGCUGAGCAGGCUGUGUGGGGCUGCCAUGGGGUCCCCCGAACCCGGCUCACCCCAUGGGGAUGGGGGGUCAGGCGGUGGGAACGGCCGGAGGUGUCCUUUCAGGGCAGCAGGAGGGCGGCUGGGCGCAGCCUUUGGGAUCCUGCAGGAGGGCAUUGAGAGCAGUCGGCGGCAGCUGCUGAUCGAAGCCUUCGUCUCUGCCGGCCGCGUGGACAACAUCACGAUGGUGAUGGGGCUGCACCCCCAGUACCUGAGCAGCUUCUGGAAGACUCAGUACCUCCUGCUGCGCAUGGACGGACCCCUCCCCUACCACAAACGUCACUACAUCGCCAUCAUGGCAGCAGCCCGGCACCAGUGCACCUACCUGGUGGGGCUGCACAUGGGGGAGUUCCUGCAGGCGGGGGGCAACCCGGCGUGGCUGCAGGGGCUGCACUGCGCCCCCCAGAAGCUCAGGAACCUGAACGAGAUCAACAAGCUGCUGGCACAUCGACCCUGGCUCAUCACCAAGGAGCACAUCGAGGCGCUGCUGAAGACAGGGGAGCACAGCUGGUCGCUGGCAGAGCUGGUGCAGGCGCUGGUGCUGCUCACCCAUUACCACUCUCUUGCCUCCUUCGUCUUCGGCUGCGGCAUCAACCCCGAGGCAGGGCAGGAUGGGGGGCACGGCUGCAGACCCCCCUCACCCCACAGCGACAGCAGCCCCACAGCUGAGGACAGCACGGGGUGCUCGGGGGGCAGGGAUGCCGUGCGUGAGGUGGAGGCGCUGAUGGAGAGGAUGCAGCUGCUGCGGGACAGCCAGAGGGAGGAGGAGGGCGUCACGCAGGAGGAGAUGGCCACGCGCUUCGAGAUGGAGAAGACGGAGAGUUUGCUGGUGGCCCCAUCGGAUGUCACGGAGCAUGCCCUGCAGUCUGGUGUGCUGUGCUUCGUGGAGGACCCCGAGUUUGGCUACAAGGAUUUCACGCGGCGCGGCGAGCAGGCGCCCCCCACCUUCCGUGCUCAGGAUUACACCUGGGAGGACCACGGCUUCUCCCUCAUCAACCGGCUGUACCCCGACGUGGGGCAGCUGCUGGACGAGAAGUUCCAGGUCGUUUACAACCUGACCUACAACACCAUCGCCAUGCACUGCGGCGUCGACACCUCCAUGCUGCGCCGCGCCAUCUGGAAUUACGUGCACUGCGUCUUCGGCAUCCGCUAUGAUGACUAUGACUACGGAGAGGUGAACCAGCUGCUGGAGCGCAGCCUGAAGGUGUACAUCAAAACAGUGGCUUGCUACCCUGAAAAGACCACCAAGAGGAUGUAUGCACAGUUCUGGAGGCACUUCAAGCACUCAGAAAAGGUCCACGUCAACCUGCUGUUGCUGGAGGCCCGGCUGCAGGCUGCCCUGCUGUAUGCCCUGCGUGCUGUCACACGCUACAUGACCUGACAGCUCCCCAAUUCCCCCCCCCCAGUCCUCCUCCUUCUGCUUGGGGGGGGGGGGGGGGGGGGGGGGGGGGG